AUGAACAUGAGAUCGAACAAAACGGUAAUAUUGCCCAGCAGGAGCUUGACAAUCUUGCCGAUGGCUCCCGAACAGUCCUUCUGUGAGGAGGAGUCUAAUACCAGCUGCAUCGGCGACGAUAUCGCACCGGACAAUUCCAGCAAGAUCGCCCCGGUGGAGAACCCCGCCGUCAAUUGGUGCUAA